AUGAUGACACAGCCGAUGGCAGACUAUUCAUCAGCCGGUAGCGACAUCUACAAAUCAAGUACAGUUUCUGUUCGCGAAGCUGUAGCAACUCAGCCAAUCACUGAAACGUACACGCCCAGCUACCGUACCACUGGUCUUGAUCAAUCGAUUGGCUUGACAAGUGCAUUGGGCGAAAGAUUCGAACCAUCGACAUCCUAUGAUAUUGGCGGCGGUGAGGCUGAGGUAACCAAGAAGACUACAGUGACCACGGUGCGUAGCACCCGAUCGGGCUACUCGGAUUAA